GACCUAUUUUUAUAUACAAUAUUCGGAGUGUGAAAAACAAUUUUUAAGCGGCGCCAGUUCUUAAAAUCUCUUAAUGUACAAAAAUAGUGGGCUGGGAAAAUGCAAAGCGUGUUUUUGCUGCCCAAGCGACGUGCAAAAAAAUUGUAAUAUCCAAAAAUUGAAACGCGCAAUAAAAGCAGCUCUUUGGCCAUUUUAUGUUUAUUAAAUGCGGCAAAUAAAUAUACGGAUUUCUAAAAAUCGGUAACGUGCUUUCCGCAAGCGUUUAUUACGUCGCAGUAAAUAACGCAAUAUUUGUGAAAUAAAGAAGGAAUUGUAUAAGCAUAAUCGUGCCAGAGGGGUGUUGUACGACAGCGGAAAAAGCGCGGCCGCCGUCACUUCGCUUCCCGAGACCGAGAUCCGCUGGGCGAGAAGCAGGCCGCUCGUGGCAUCCGUGGCGUGUCUGUCUCGUUUAGUUGUGCAGCGAACGUCACCGCCGUCGGUAGUUGAUUUGUGUUUUGCGCGCCUAAAAUUUUGCCAGCUGCCUAUUUUGUGGGAAAUUACCUAGAAGCGCCUACGCAUUUUUGAGCAGCUGCCGCAAGCGGACGCAGUUCGUUAUAAAGCAGCGAGCGCAAGGCAUGCAAAGCGCAUAAAUGCAAAAAGAUGAUGGAAACGCUGGAACAGCAACAAACAAAGAUAACAUCGAGUAUAGAGCCUCAUGUCGGCGAUACAGAUACAACGGCCACAGCGGCUAGUGAAGAUGAUGACUAUGAGGAUUUUCGUAAUGUUACCGAGCUGGAGGAAGAGGAGAGUUCGGAGCGUUCCCAGUGCAGCAACAACGCAGAAGAUGUGGUGUCAGGUGAAGUAAGUUUGGAGAAGGAGGAAACUUACCCCAGCAAAAGCAUCAUUGAUGCGAAAAAGAUUUGUGAUGAUGUGGCCAUUGAACUGGCAUCGGAAGAGUCCCCGGCAGACAAACCGGAGGCAGUGGAAGAUGUACCGAAUCCGGCGGCCCAGGAUGCUGAGCUUGCGGCACAGGAAGCAGAGUUGACGGCACAGGAUUGGAAGCCGGCUGGUGAAUCAAACACAACUUUUACUCCCAGUGUCCAGGAAAAUAAUGAAAUGUGCGCUUCUUCUGAAGGUCAUGUAGCCAUAGUGAGAGAAGAGGAUGUCGUGGAAACAUGUAAAGAAAAUAAGUUUUUGGAUGAGUUUGCUGUGGAAACAGUUGAGGAAAAUAAUGAUACGCCUGAUGCUAAGGAGUUGCCAUUAACUGAUCUUAAGUCGUGCAAAGAAGGUAAUAUAGACACUUCAGAGGAAGUGUCUACGGACAAUGCUGAUGAUCAAGCGUCUGUAACAGAAUUCAAAAACGAGGAUGCUGUGCCAUUUGUCUGUGCUGAAGCUAUUAAAAUUGAGUCCUGUUCUGAGGAUGAAGAAGCAGAGGCGGGGAUGAAUUGCGAAGCUGAAGUACAAGCAAAUUGUGUUCGACUGCAUUCGAGUUGCGACCAAAAGGAGGAUUUGAAGUCAUCUUUCGAGGAUAUCAAAGCAAAAUUGCAGGGUACAGAAACGACAAAGAUAAAAGUAAAUGGUGCUCAUGAGUCGCAUGAGGAGUUACAAGUGGCAGUUGAGUGCAAUGAAGAGGUGACGAAAGUCAAAUGCGAUGAGGUAGAGGCGAGAGAGGACGGGCAACUGGCUGUGAUAGAAAACAACGUCGAUAUCGACAUUUCGCAUGCGACAAACGCGUCGAAGGAUGGUGACAACUCCAGCUAUUGUUCCGCCAUGUCGGUUGUAGAGAAUGAAGCCACAAUGUACACCACUGUUAAUGGUGUAAACGAUGAGGUCGCUAGCAACAGCAAUUCUGAUUCGUCCGCCUCACAGCAGCUGGUCAUAGAUCAUCCAGAAAGCGAGCAGAAUUCCAGGGUCAAGCCAAUAAUGUUGGCAUUGAAGCGAAGGCCUAGCAAUGAAAGAUCUAUCGCCAAUGAUCAGGAGCCGAAGGCCAACCAUGUUCAUCAUGAGCAAGGCAAGAAUAUAUCGCACACACUCACCAUAGAAAAGUCGGACGCUCUGGAAACGGAACACCCAUCCCUGCUUAUGCAGCGGCUACAACAACCGCUGGCGUCAACGUGUAAUGCGCCCAACAUACUCAGCUGCUUUAAGUGCAAUGCCAGCAACUUUGUCAAUUUCCAAGAGUUAAACGAUCAUUUGGUUCAAUGCAAUGAGCGGCCAAAAAGUGUAACAGUCCACCAAACGGCAACAACAGUAGCUAAUCCCACGCAGUCUACUGCAACAACAACACCCAACUCUUCUGUGUCCCUCAAACCGGAGCGCUUCUUUCGUUGUGUGCGGUGCAAUACAGUCCACCAAUGCUGGAACUUUUUCUUGCACAUGCGCGACGUGCAUCAACGGUAUAUUUGUCUUUACUGCUCACAUGUAUUUGCUACCGUGGAGAAGCUUUCCCUGCAUCUGGAGAACAAACAUGACAUUGAUCAAGUGCAUCUUGCAAGCGAUUCAUGGACCGCUCUUCAGCUUACCGAGGAUCGUGCUCGUUAUUUGAUUUGCUGUACUUGUGAAGCCACCUUUCCGCAUGGGUCGCGGUUCGAGGAUCAUGACUGUGCAGAGUUUAUGAAGCCAUGUACACUUUGCGGCCAAAAGGGGUGCCACACCAAUGAUUGUCGGAAUAGCAGCACUAAGGCGGGAAAGCGAAAACGGAAGGUCAAGCGUAAGAAGGUAUCGGCCGAGACACCGCUGGCUCCUACUGGCGAUGCGAACAUUCCAGUGCCACCUAAUGCUCCACUGUUGAUCACAUCAAUGGCUGAGCCUGUAGCAGAAGCAACGCCUGCUCCGAAGUUAGUCGUUCCAAAGAUUAUGCUGCGAGUUCCCAAGGAAUUUCAAAAAUCUGUAGACGCCGCGCUUAGUAGCACGGACACCGAGGAGGAAGAUCUAGAAAUGGAACAGGAACCUGAACCAGAAAUAGCAGGGCCCUCAGAAAUAAUGCAGCCGAUAACGCUAUCACUUGAAGCGCAGACCGUCCUCUCCGAAGACACGGAAACGGCCACGGAAACUGCGUCUGUGGUCCGUGAUACAACACCACCUUCGGUGGUGGGAGGUGUCGAGAAGGAUGACUCACCUACGGCCAAGCUGUCACGGGUGUUGGCAGAGAUUGAGCGCACCAAGAUGGAUAUACAGCGUACCAAGGCUGAUAUGGCCGCUAAGAAGCCUCCCAAGACCAUAUCGGCGCAAGUUGAAGAACCGCCUUCGCCUGCCGAGCGUCGCUGGUCACCAACGCCACCAGCAUCACCGAAACACAAUAAUCACAUCGAUGCGGAGGCGGUGGUGGCGCCGAUGGAGCAGACAAAUUUGCCGCUGCCCGUACCAGAAGUUGAACAACCAGAGUUGACACGACGCAAUAGUCUGGGUAGCGAUUGUAUGGAUAUAGAUGACAGUAUAGGCGUAAGCGCAGCCGAGCAGCCCUUAAAACAAGCAUUGGCUCGACCACAGGAGGAAACAGCACCAUUGCUGGACUUAGGCGUAGAUGAGGUGAAAGCGACGAGCUUGGAACCCGAGUCCCAGACGGUACUGCCGGCAGUGCUUAUUCCUCCUACAAGUCCUCCUCCUUCCGAUGGCAUUGUCGUGGCACCUGCUGAUACGCACACCGUCGACCUUCAGCUGGAUCGUCCUCUAGACAAAUUCGAUAUGGUGGUCUUUGUGCGCAUAUGCUUAAAGGCGGUCUAUCCAUUUUGCUUGUACUGUAAUCACGCGCGUCGCAUUGCUGUCAACGGCCGGCAGCUGCUAUUGCAUAUAAUCGCCCAGCAUCGAUUCACGGCCACCGUGGACAGCAUUACGGCAGAGGAGUUGCAUGCAGAGACCAUCGUGGCUAAGCUGAAAAGUUUUCUACCUGAUUUGGAGUACGCGUUUCUUAAUGCAGACAGCUAUUGCAGCAUAGGUGAUGGCCAGUAUUCCCAUCCGUUCAAUGAGCGAAUAUAUGAAUGCUUCCAAUGUCGCUAUGUGACUUCAACGCACAAGGAGCUCUACACGCACAAUCGCCGGCUUCACAUCAAGACGAAUAUCCUAUGCUUUAUGUGCCGCACCAACUUUUAUAGUUUCAGCGAGAUUCUCUGUCACAUCUGUCCGGGUGAUGCGCAGCUAACGUCUAUCUAUGACCUUAAGUUUCGAUGCUGUCUUUGUGAAACCUCUGGCGAGUUGCCCUCUGCUUUCCGGCUGAUGGUGCAUUUGCGCAAAGCGCACUUUGCCUGCGACAUCUGUCUGGAGGAUUGCUACAGUCAGGUGCGCUUGUCGUCGCACGUUUGGAAGCACAAGCUUCUGCAUCUAUGCUACAGAUGUGGCAUUGCCUACCGCAACAAACAAGACAUCUCAAAACAUUUGUUCUGGAAACAUGGCACCGAAAGCACCAGCUGCAAGCGUUGUCUUCAGAAGCGCUGGCGCCACGUCUAUCACUUUUGCGUGCCGCCCGCCCAGUUCACCUGCGAGCAUUGCCAAUUCACCUUCAGCAAAGCCAUAUACUUGGAAGUACAUAAGCGAAUGCAUUUGGGCGAUUUUCGUUAUCCAUGCACGGAGGUCGGUUGCCAACAAAAAUUUGUAUCGCGUCGACUGCUGCUUAAGCAUGCAGCUACUCACGAGGUACUUGCAGAGGUGCAAUCAGUGGAGGAGAAAUCAUCAGACCACGUGCCAAAGCUGGAGGAUGCUGAUAAGCAGCAGGAAAUCAAAGAGGAGAAGCCAGAUCCCUCGACAGAAGAGCACAAAUCGACCGGUGAAGCUGAAAUCCCUACCAAUGAUACGCUAUUAAAUCACGAAGCAGCUGUCGGCAGUACGGCUGCAGAACAGCGAGAGCAAGUCAAGCAGGUGGCAGAGGAAGCACCCCGCAAGCGACGUAAGAAAUCAAAACGGAAUAAGGAGUCAUUGGAAGAUUUGAAUUUGAUAGCCCCGAACUUGUCUGAAUCUGACAGUAGCAAUGACAGCGACUCUGACGUACCUAAGAGUGUUUUGCUGGAAGAGAAGCUGCCGAUUCGUGGUUCUGUGGAUGAUUUGGAUAUGCCCAAAGUAAUGCUAUCUCCAGCAUCGGAAAGUGAUAACGAUAAUGAUAAGGAGGAGCAGGAAGAAAAGGAAACAGAAGAACGUAAGGCCGAUCAGAAACAAAAAGGUAUUGAAGAUGUACCUACAGAUGCGGAAGACUCAAAGGAAGUGAUUGCACCUAUUAAGAGUGAGCCUGAAAAGGAGGCGGUUCCCGAAAUUUGGAAAAACUUGCUACAGCUCCAAGCCUCUGGCUGUGUCACUAAGGAACAUGAGACGGAGGAGUCGCUGGCCAACUACAGCAAUAGCGAUGACGAGCGUUGUCCAAGGCCGGCCAAAAUUCACGUGGCUAUCUCGGAUCAUGACUAUUGCAAGAUAAAGCGCACCCCUCCUCCCAGUCCAGUAAAGGAAAAGGCUUUUGCCAAAUUGGCCAGACGGGCCCGGCACAAUUCCACAAAGCGCGGCUCCGAAGACUCAGACACUGACAGCUCGAGCUCCUCCAGUUCUAAUUCGGAUUCGUCCAGUUGCUCGUGUGGCUCAAAUUGCUCCUGUAGUUCCAACAGCAGCAGCGGCAGCAGCUCCACUGAUUCCAGCAGCGAAGACUCCGAUUCCUCAGCCCAAACUCGUGGCUCGCCACAGAAGCGACCACGAAAGAAAUCGGUGCGUGGUAAGAAGGGUGAUCCGGCGAUUUCCAAGUUGCCCAAGACGCAACAACAGCAUCCAGCGGAGGAGGACGUAAAUGUAACAGCGUUGUCUGAGGAACGUCCGCCCUCGCCGCCCAAGCCACCAAUGUACAAUGAAUCUGAUUUCGAUACGGCAGUCUCUGAUACGGAUGAGGAAUUCUAUGAUGCACAUCCCCAGAAAAUGGCUAGCGAGUUGUUGGCGAUGAAACGCGCGGCUCUCCUAGCAGAUCGCCCACAGUUGCUAGAGCAGAGCAACUAUGACAUUGUGGAGAAUAGUCGCCCGUCGACUCCAUCGCUGCCCGAGGAAGCGGCAGCCUAUGCUGAGAAGCGGGAGCGCGCCAAAAACAAGAAGAAGAAGCGGGACCGCAAAUCAACGUGUAGGUCUGCGGCAGGGGUGCAGCAACAAUUGGAACUUAAAACGGAAUAUAUGACACCACUUAGUAGUCAGCCCGAAUCCUUGGGAGCUACCGUGCUGCCUUCCCUGCAGCUGACACAAAUGCCCGUUUCCGAUCACAAUGUCAGUUUAUUGCCACUUACUCCUCUGACGCAUCGUUUGCAACCCACGCUGACGCGCAUGAGCGAGGGCAGCAGCUGCUCUGACGCAGAUGGUUCAUUGAAGCGUUCAAAGCGCACACGUCGCCCCAAUAAGUUCUAUGGCUAUACCAGUGACGAUGAGAACAUGAGCAGUGUGUUGCAACCACCAUUGCAGGUAGGCAUGCAGUUGAUCAAGCCGCAGCCACCGCCCCAGUUGACGUGGGCUAAGGAGGAUUUACCCACGCCAGCCAAGAGCAUACUCAAUCAGUACCGCAACAAAACGCACCGAUCGACAGGAGGCGGCGCCUCCUCUGUCAGCGGGUCUGCUGCUAGUGGUGGUGGUCAUCAUCAGUAUAGCAACGGCACGCCAACUGGCGUUCCCGGCUCCUCUCGCAAACGGAACAAGCGCACUCUGCUGAGCGGAGUGGGGGACAAGGUGGGAUCGGCAAAUCGCAAGCGUCCCGCCAAACGGUCACGACCCAAUGAGCAACUGCCGCCAAUACCUACCCUUAAGAUACGCCCUGCACUUUUAGUUGCAACAACCGGAGUGGCCGGCAGUGAGAGCAGCGAUAGCAGUUCCGGCGGCGAGGACGGUGACGUUAAUGUAACCAGCCUUUUACCAGCCACAGUCCCUACAGCUCCUCACGUGCCCAGCGGCAUACCCACGCCACAACAGCAACACCUAAAUAGCCUGUUACCACCGCCACCUCCGCCGCCUGUACCAACGCCCGCUGCGACAGCAUUCAACCAGCCCAUUCCGCCGGCGCUGCUACCCAAUCCAGACUUUGCAACGCUACAGUACUUCAAAGCCAACAACAUUCGUUACCCGAUUAGACCACCGGCUGGAGCGCGUCUAGCGCGUGAAGGCGAGUCUGUCUAUUGCUAUUGCCGGUGUCCAUAUGACGAGGUGUCCGAGAUGAUAGCCUGUGACGGGGAUAACUGCCUCAUCGAGUGGUUCCACUUUGAAUGUGUUGGAAUAAUGGUAGCUCCCCAAGGCAAGUGGUUCUGCGCCGAGUGCCGUCCCAAGUACUCAGAGGGUCUCUAUCCCAUGGUAAAAGGGAAGUAAGCGGUUCUGUAAAUAGACGUAGCCCCUCUUGAAAAUAAGUUAUCGUACCCUCUAAAAAAUGAAUUACGCUUAUUACCUAAUUAAUGUAGUUGUCCGCACACUCCCUUUCCGGUGUGGAAAUUUUAGUGCGAAUGCGUGUGGAAUACGAAAUCAACCAUAAUGAACUCAUGUAAAUAGGAACAAGGCUCAAAUCUUUGCUAUGACGCUCGAUUCAAAUAUGCAGAGAAAAUGUCAUUUAGGUUUAAACAGAUAUACCCUAUGUAACAUUUAAUUAAGAAUAAAAUUAGCUCUUUUGUAAAUAUGUGAACAAAACAAACUUAUAAUUUUAUGACACUUAGACUAUUCGUAUGUGAAGAACAAUGCAUAGACUUAAACAAUAAUACAAAUCUUAAAGCAUAAUACUAUAUAUAAUUAUAAAUCUAUAAUAAAAACCACAAAACAAUGACUUUGGCUAGAGAUAU